AUGGACCAGUUCUCCCGGAUGAAAAGGGGCGCUCCCCAGCUACUCCCCACCCUUGCCCUCUCCCUUCUGGCGUGUCUCAGUUUCGUCUCCCCCCUACCUACAACGGAGCCCCCAUUGUUUGACGGUCAUCCUUUUGUGGGUAUAUGGAAUACCCCGACCCCUGCAUGCAAGAGGCUGCAGAUCCCACUGGACACCUGGUCCUUCAAAGCAGUGACCACGCCUGCUGCUGUUCCUGGUCAGUUCCUCACCCUGUUCUACGUCGACCGCCUGGGCCUGUACCCUCACGUUGACCCCAACAACCAUCGCCAGUUCAAUGGUGGCAUCCCUCAAAAGGGCAACCUGACGGCCCACCUGAUUAAGGCCUACGGUGACAUCAAUCAUUACAUCCCCUCUGACACAACCCCGGGUCUGGCCGUCAUUGACUGGGAAGACUGGCGCCCCCUGUGGGACAGAAACUGGGGGUCCAAGAAUAUUUACCGUCAACUGUCCAUUGCCUACGCUCGAGAGAAGGACCCCUCUUUGUCCCCAUCACAAGCAACCACUGAGGCCAAGAAGCAGUUUCAGACUGCAGCCCGCAACUACAUGGAGGGAACCAUGAUGCUAGGUAUCAGCCAGCGGCCCAGCCAGCAAUGGGGGUUCUAUCUGUUUCCCGAUUGCUACAACUAUGGCUGGGAGAAGCCAGACUACACAGGGCAAUGCUCCGACAAGACCAAGAGCCAGAACGACGAGCUUUUGUGGCUUUGGGAGUCCAGCACGGCUCUAUACCCUUCAGUCUACCUGCCUGCAUCGCUGAACAACAGCGCCAACGUGGCGCUUUUCGUCCGAAACCGCGUUCAGGAGGCAGUGAGGGUGGCAGCUCUGCCCAAACGCCCCUACACUGUGCCCAUCUAUGUGUACUCACGCCCACUCUACCGUGACCAAAAUAAGUUUCUCAGUACGGAGGAUCUGAUCAGAAGUAUUGGAGAAAGUGCAGCAUUGGGGGCCUCUGGGUCAGUGCUCUGGGGGGCCAGUGCCGACUAUACUGACAAGGCUUCAUGUGAAGCAUUAUCCACAUACCUGACAUCCACCCUCAACCCAUACGUCGCUAACGUGACCGCUGCCGUCAAACUCUGUAGUGACGUCCUUUGCCAGGGCAAUGGCCGCUGUGUCAGAAAGGACUACAACUCCAAUGACUACCUGCACCUGAACCCGGACAACUUCCGCCUCCUAAAGUCCCAGCGAAAGUACGUGGCCUUCGGAAUACCCUCCUCUUCUGACCUACUCACCUUAGCAGACAAGUUCACCUGCCAGUGCUACACAGGCAGUAGCUGCUCACCCCAGUUAUCACGUCCCAUGACCCCAAUGGUUAUUCAAGUAUAG